AUAUUUAAACUAAACUAACCUCAUUUUAAAACUUCAGACGUCUUUACUCUUUAUUUAUCAAAAGAUUUCCUCAUUGUAAGGAAAACAUUAAUUAGGAAGAAGUCUAACAUAAAGAUGGAAAUAACGUGAAAGAGAAUGUCAAUAGUUUGCACUUCCGGUUUGGGAUGGCUCAUAUCCCAUUUCGACUAUAUUUCAAUGGUUUACCAAUAUAUUCCUAUGGGUAAAGGAAUCAAAUUCAAGAAAGAAUUAUUUCAAAUAAAUGUUCCAUACAUACGAAAGAACGGCAAAAGAAAAGGUAUAGAUAGUAGCGAGUGGAAAAAACCGGUUAUAAAUGACGAAGAAGUACUAUGGAUUAAGAAUGUUUACGAUAAUUUAUUUGAUGAAUUCAAAUUUCAUUUCAGUCCUGAUUCUGAUAAGGUAAAUAAUAAUACUUGUGCUUUGGAAAUGAGUGCCAAAAUAUAUGAGCAAACAAACAACCUAGCAGUAAUAAAUGCGGAAGGUGCAAAUGUGGGGCCCAAUAUAUACAGAGAAGUUUGUGACAGUAUCUAUAUAUUUCCUCAAAACUGUGAAUUUUUCUGCAGAAAUACCAAAGAUUUGUCCAAAUAUAUACCUGCCAAAAAGUUUGAUUUAAUCCUACUUGACCCACCUUGGUGGAAUAAAUACAUACGGAGAAAAAGAAAGAGAAGUAACCAUGCAUAUGAAAUGAUGUAUAAUGAUGACUUAAAAGAUUUAAAGCUAGAAAAUUUAUUACAUGAAGAUAGUUUGGUAGUUGUCUGGUGUACAAAUUCUCCUCAACAUAUAAAUGCCUUGAAAGACGAGAUAUUCCCCAAAUGGGGGAUUGAAUUCAUCUCUAAAUGGUAUUGGUUGAAAGUUACGAAAACUGGAGAACCAAUCUGUAAUUUUUCUGAGCCUCCUUGCAAACAACCUUUUGAACAGAUCAUAUUUGGUAGUAAAAAGAACCGAAGAAUCGAAAGUCCCCCAAAUGGAAAAUUGGUAUUGAGCAUUCCUAGUGCGUUGCAUUCUCACAAACCGCCAUUGGUGGAAUUACUGAAAUUAUAUAUGCCAAAAACACCCCAGUGUUUGGAGAUAUUUGCUAGAUACUUACUUCCAGGUUGGAGUAGUUAUGGAAAUGAAGUUUUAAAAUUUCAACACGAAAGUCUGUACGAAGAAGGGGAAGACUGAAACAGUACAUAACCAAAUGAACUUAAAGAAAUUUAGUUAACUGCAACCAAUGUGAUAUUUUUAGCUUUUAUUUAUUGUAAAUGUGAAUAAAUAUAAGAAUAUUAGAAGU